UUUUCCUGCUUACUGGUUCCAAAAUAAGAGCACGUUUUUUCUGGCAUUUCUGUGAAAGUGUAAACAUAGCAUUGUAAUGUUUGGGCUUCCUGUUUUGCAUGAUGGAAGAGAAGCUUGGUAACCAUUCUACUGACAAYGGAUUCUGGGAAACAAAAUGGCGCGAAAGUCAAAAGAUGGCGGCUGAACAUAACUGGAAUAAUAUUGUUUGGUUUUCCAUCUCUAAAUUGGGUUUGAUCUUUACUUUAAUGUAAUGAAAAUGAAAAGGGGGAAAACAGGCAAAAGGAUCAGGCAAAAGACAAYAAGGAAAGGUUCGAUUUCUUCAGAUGAUGAACAGUUUCCAGUAUGUACUAGUUUGCCUCCUGCUGUACAAGGACAAUUGAGAUGUUUUCUAUCAAUAUCAGUCAGUAAUCUGACAUGGUCUGUUGAUAAACAUCCUAACGAUGUACAAAUACGGAUUUGUUGGUGGGGCGAACAGGGACAAGGGACAGUAUUAUGUCCAAAAGGAGGACAAGACAAAAAGUCAGCCAUUGAUUCAACUACAAAGUGGAAUUCAGUGAGAUAUCCUGUCUGUAGUGGACCAAAACAGUUUGCUGCAUAUUUGAAUGAUAUGGGCACACUGCUACUUGAAGCUAUCCAUACCUCAACUCAAAUCCCAUUUGGAAAAGCAUUGAUAUCUGAUAUUACAAAGCUUACAGCCAGUCAGCCUGUUAAUGUGAUUGUUCCUAUCAUGUCUGUCAUCAGUCCUUUUAACAAACUGGCUGACAUUCAGGUUUAUAUCAAGUUUGAAUCAGUUUCUGCUGCAUACAACAAGCUGCCUUCAACUAUUCCAACAGUAGACACAGGUCUCGAUAAGGAAAAUGUAGAUAUCAGUAACCCCCAGCCUACACCCCCUCCYUAUAUCAAUCCAGCCACACCUGUCAGUCACCCAAGACAAGGUACACYGGACCCAUUUGAAUCUCCUGCUCCCACAAAGGGUGUCAAGUUUUCAGAAGAUCCUCCUGAACAGUUGGAGUACUCUGCAGAGCCAUCCUUGUUGUCUUUACUGGCUCAGAGUGAAACACCCUUGACACAGCAUUCAUAUAAUGACAAGACUAAGUUCAAAUAUGGUAACAUUCUUGUUUUGAGCAUUGCUUGUUGCAUUAUUUUAGGAGUUUUAUCUGGGUCAGUUGUAUAA